AUGAAAUUAGCCUUAUCAGACACCAAGGCAGCAUACGAGUGGUUUCGACCAAGGAAGGAUAGGAGGUUCUGGGCGAAGUACAUCUGGAAGGAUUUUAUCCCUCCUAAAUACUCCUUCAUCUGUUGGCUGGCCAUCAGAGGACGUCUUACUACACGAGACCGAAUAACAUGGGAGGAAAUUGAUGCAUCGUGUGGACUUUGUUCCAGGGAGGACGAGAAUGUAGACCACUUGUUUUUUAGGUGCCGAGAAACCUGGAAGGUGUGGGAUAAUGUUCGCGACUGGAUUGGCCUACGCAGACGCCCCACAACAAUUAAGAGCGCCAUCAAAUGGCUUGUGCGGGACAGGCGGCCUUCUCGAAUAGUACAUGUGGCGGAAAGGAUUGCGUUAAUCGCUACGGUGUACUACAUAUGGCUUGCCAGAAAUGCUGCUAUCAUGGACGGAAAGAGAUAUGAUAAUGUGUGGAUCGUGUUCCAGAUAAAGAUAGUUGUCUAUAGUAUACUCUAUGCUAAAUUCCCACAGGAACAAGUUAUGCAACAAUGUGCCUGA